AAUCUUUCCUUCUUUUUCCUCUUCCUCUUCUCAAUUUAUUCAACCAAACCUCAAAAUCCAAACAAACACAGUUUCUCUAUAUGCUGCUCCAAGUUUGGUAAAAAAAAAAACUCAACAAACAAAUAGAAACAGAAACUAACAAGUCAAAUCCCUCCAUUUCCUCCCUUGUUCCUCUCUCUACCAAAUCUCAAAUCCCAACUAAUAAUUUAUCUCCUCUGAUCUAAUUUGGCAACUUAAUUAAAUUAAUAAAUCAAAUAAAAAUGCUGAAAAAACUAAGGAGGAGAGUCAAAACCUUAGUCACUAAGUCCUUCAAAAAACCUCGCAAACAUUCAUCUUAUAAAGACCCUUCUCCUCCAAGUUCUUCUCCAUCACCAACACCACCAGCAUCACCGCCACCAUCAACAAUGACUCACCAAUCUUCCCUUGAUCAAAAGCCACCAACUUUUCCAUUUCGUUUCCCCAGCAUUCAAUCCUCAGUCCUUCCCGAUCCUUCUCUCUUCUUUUCACCUUCUCUUCUGUCGUCUCCAUUGCCUACAAAUUCUUUCUUUCAGAACUUUACCCUUAAAAAUGGCGACCAACCUGAAUAUAUUCACCCAUAUCUAAUCAAAUCCUCUGAUUCUUCCCUUUCUAUCUCCUACCCAUCUCUUUUUCAUAAUUCUUCUUUCACGUACCAGAUUUUUGUCCCUGAUUUCACCAUUUCUGCUUCAAACAAACCCUCCACAGGUCAGAAAAACCAUAUUAUAUCUUCUUACAGUGAUCUUAGUGUCACUUUGGAUAUGCCCUCUUCAAAUUUUCGCUUUUUUCUUGUUAGGGGAAGUCCCUUUUUAACUUGUUCGAUUACAGGCAAUACUGCAAUUUCUAUAUCAACCAUCCAUGCGAUUCUUUCGUUUUCCUCAAAUAAUUCUCUCACUAAAUAUACCGUUAAGCUUAAUAAUGGCCAAACAUGGCUUAUUUACUCAUCUUCUCAGAUUAACUUGAGUCAUAGCCUUUCUUUAAUUACUUCUGAUGGGUUUUCUGGGAUUUUAAGGAUUGCAAUAUUGCCUGAUUUUGACCCAAAAUAUGAAGCGAUUCUUGAUCGGUUUAGUUCUUGCUAUCCGGUAUCAGGUAAUGCAGUUUUUACCAAACCAUUUAGUUUAGAGUACAAAUGGGAAAAGAAAGGCUGGGGUGAUUUGCUUAUGCUUGCUCAUCCUUUACAUGUCAAGCUUUUAUCUGAUGAAAAUGUUAUUGUUUUAAAUGAUUUGAAGUAUAAAAGUAUUGAUGGUGAUCUUGUUGGUGUUGUUGGAGAUUCUUGGGUGUUAAAAUCGGACCCAAUUUCAAUAACUUGGCAUUCAAUUAAGGGUAUCAAAGAGGAAUCAUGUGUUGAAAUCGUGGCUGCACUUUGUAAGGAUGUUGAGGGUUUAGAUUCAUCAGCUAUAACAACAAAUUCAUCUUAUUUUUAUGGUAAAUUGAUUGCUAGAGCGGCGAGGUUGGCUUUGAUAGCAGAGGAGGUUGGUUGUCUUGAUGUGAUUCCACUGAUAAGAAAGUACUUGAAAGAAACAAUUGAGCCUUGGUUGGAGGGUACUUUUAAUGGCAAUGGUUUUUUAUAUGAUGACAAAUGGGGUGGAAUUGUUACAAAACAAGGGUCAAGUGAUUCAGGUGCGGAUUUUGGAUUUGGAGUUUAUAAUGAUCACCAUUAUCAUAUAGGAUACUUUCUUUAUGGAAUAGCUGUUCUUGCAAAGAUUGAUCCUUUUUGGGGUAGGAAGUAUAGGCGACAAGCUUAUUCACUUAUGGCUGAUUUUAUGAACUUGGGCAGACGGUCAAAUUCAAAUUAUCCACGUCUGAGAUGUUUUGAUUUGUAUAAAUUGCAUUCUUGGGCUGGAGGGCUAACUGAGUUUGCUGACGGCCGGAAUCAGGAGAGUACAAGUGAGGCAGUGAAUGCAUACUAUUCAGCAGCUUUGAUGGGUUUGGCCUAUGGAGACACUCAUCUUGUUGCCACUGGAUCAAUGCUUGCUGCAAUGGAGAUUCAUGCAGCACAAACUUGGUGGCAUGUUAGGGAGGGUGAUAAUUUGUAUGCAGAAGAUUUUACUAGAGAGAAUAGAGUAGUAGGUGUUUUGUGGUCUAACAAGAGGGAUAGCGGGCUUUGGUUUGCACCCCCUGAUUGGAAAGAGUGUAGGCUUGGAAUUCAGCUAUUACCAUUGUUACCUAUAUCCGAGGUUUUAUUCUCUGAUGUGGGAUUUGUAAGGGAGCUUGUGAACUGGACACUACCGGCUUUGGAACGAGAAGGAGUAGCUGAAGGGUGGAAAGGAUUUGUAUAUGCAUUAGAAGCAAUCUACGAUAAAGAACGUGCUUUGGAGAAGAUUAGAAACUUGAAUAGUCACGAUGAUGGUAACUCGCUUACUAAUCUUUUAUGGUGGAUUUACAGCAGAGGCAAUGAAGAGGAAGAAUGGUGUGAGGGAGGAGGGAAAUUCUGUUGGUUUGGUCACUACUGUCAUUGAAGUUGUUUCCUCAUCGCAGUCUAGACAGGACUGUAUUGGGAGCAUUCGCCUCCUAUCGAUCCUGUCAAGGUUUCAUGACAAAUAAACGCGAUUCGAAUCCGCAUUCGCAAUAUUGAAGACAGGGUUAAGACCCUUGAGUGGGAAAGAGAUGCCCUCUUUGUGAGGAUCAACGGUCUUGGCGACCAUGCAUAAUAGAAGAGUCAUGAGGCAGUUUUUAUCAAUAUAUAUGGUUGUGGAUCAUCAAUAAUGAUUUUUCUUUAGAGUCCAGAUACUUUUUUUUAGGAAAAUAGAUUUUCAGAAAAGGAAUUCCAGAAAUGCUGAAAUUUUUAGGUUUGGUUA